GUUCAAGCAGUAUUGGCCUGUAUCCGGGAGGCACGUGCGAGCUGCGAUUUGACCGAGUCGUGGAAGUCUUAUGACAGCUGCUGUUCUUUGCCAAAUUCCGCUGUGCGCAACAGCGGUGGCUGCCAGUGUCAGCGGCAAGUCCGGCUUCACCGCGAGUUGCAGCAAUGAGCAGGUCUUUUCUGCGCGAGUGACAGGUAUCAAGGAUGUCGCAGCAACAAAAUGGCUGAAGCUCCAAACAGUCAUGUACAGUGACCAGAAAGGUGCCUCGAGGACUUACGACAUGGUGUCCCGCACUACGCGCCCGCAGUCCGCUGGCAUCGACGGCGUCGUGAUGUUGCCAUUGCUGCGCCGCGCCGCGGCACCGCAGGACGUCGAGACGCUGAUUGUGCUGCAGUUCCGGCCGCCGGUCGGCAAGGUCACGGCCGAGUUACCCGCUGGCAUGGUUGAUGCGGGCGAGUCGGCAGAGCAGGCUGCGAUUCGGGAGAUGAAGGAGGAGACCGGCUACACGGGGACGGUCAGCCAUGCUUCAGGCAAAAUCUCAAAUUGCCCUUUUCUAGUCAACGAUAUCGAGAGGGGCAUUGUGGUCGACAUCGACUUGGACGCGCCCGAGAAUCGCACUCCCACUCAGAAGCUUGAGGACUCAGAGUUCAUAGAGGUUCGGCGGGUGAGGCUCCUCGAUCUGCUCGAUGUUGUGACUGACCUUGAGGCAAGGGGUGUGGUCGUCGCGGAGGGGCUCUACCUACUUGCCAUCGGCCUCAGUUUGCGCGGCCAACUCGGACCGUCGCCCCACGGCCACGGCUAGCUUCCAGACUCUGCGCAGAGAGUCACUGGGGUUGCGCCCAAAACUCUCUCUCAGGCAACGGAUACUGCACCAGGAUGCAUCCUCGAACAGGAAGGAGGCAGGACGUUGGGCGAAAACGAUGGUGGGGAAGAAGCGGCGGAACGAUAAGGGAUGAGGCAUGACCCUAUGAUUGCGCAUGCUUGCAAUGUAAGCC